UCACGGUGCCGCUGUGCAAAGGCAUCGGCUACAACUACACCUACAUGCCCAACCAGUUCAACCACGACACGCAGGACGAGGCGGGCCUGGAGGUGCACCAGUUCUGGCCGCUGGUGGAGAUCCAGUGCUCGGCCGACCUGCGCUUCUUCCUGUGCAGCAUGUACACGCCCAUCUGCCUGGAGGACUACAAGAAGCCGCUCCCGCCCUGCCGCAGCGUGUGCCAGCGGGCCAAGGCCGGCUGCGCCCCGCUCAUGCGCCAGUACGGCUUCGCCUGGCCCGACCGCAUGCGCUGCGACCGCCUCCCCGAGCAGGGCAACCCGGACACGCUCUGCAUGGACUACAACCGCACCGAGCUCGCCACCGCCGCCCCGCCGGCCCCCCAGCCCAAGCCCCCGCCCCGCAAGCCCGGCGGAGGAGGAGGAGGCGCGGCCGCCGAGCCGCCCCUCCGCAAGGCCCGCCCGCCGGCCCCCUGCGAGCCGGGCUGCCAGUGCCGGGCGCCCAUGGUGUCGGUCUCCAGCGAGCGCCACCCGCUGUACAACCGGGUCAAGACGGGCCAGAUCGCCAACUGCGCCCUGCCCUGCCACAACCCCUACUUCAGCCCGGACGAGCGCGCCUUCACCGCCUUCUGGAUCGGCCUGUGGUCCAUCCUCUGCUUCAUCUCCACCUUCGCCACCGUCUCCACCUUCCUCAUCGACAUGGAGCGCUUCAAGUACCCGGAGCGGCCCAUCAUCUUCCUGGCCGCCUGCUACCUCUUCGUCUCGCUGGGCUACUUGGUGCGCCUGGUGGCCGGCCACGAAAAGGUGGCUUGCAGCGGCGGGGCGGCGCACGUGCGCUACGAGAGUACAGGCCCCGCCCUCUGCACUGUGGUCUUCCUGCUGGUGUACUUUUUUGGCAUGGCCAGCUCCAUCUGGUGGGUCAUCCUCUCCCUCACUUGGUUCCUGGCAGCUGGCAUGAAGUGGGGCAACGAGGCCAUUGCGGGCUACGCGCAGUACUUCCACUUGGCGGCUUGGCUGCUGCCCAGCGUCAAGUCCAUUGCUGUGCUGGCGCUCAGUUCUGUGGAUGGGGAUCCCGUGGCGGGCAUCUGCUAUGUGGGCAACCAGAGCCUGGAGAACCAGCGUGGCUUCGUGCUGGCCCCCUUGCUCAUCUACUUGGCCAUCGGCUCCAUGUUUCUGCUGGCCGGGUUCGUGUCAAAAAAGCUCUUCCGCAUCCGGAGCGUCAUCAAGCAGCAAGGGGGCCCGACCAAGACGCACAAGCUGGAGAAGCUCAUGAUCCGCCUGGGCCUCUUCACGGUGCUCUACACGGUGCCUGCCGCCAGCGUGGUGGCCUGCCUCUUCUACGAACAGCACAACCGCCCCCGCUGGGAGGCCACCCACAACUGCCCCUGCCUCCGGGACCAGCAGCCUGACCAGGCCCGCCGCCCGGACUACGCGGUCUUUAUGCUCAAGUACUUUAUGUGCCUCGUGGUGGGCAUCACUUCUGGAGUGUGGGUCUGGUCUGGGAAGACUCUUGAGUCCUGGAAGGCCCUCUGCACCCGCUGCUGCUGGGCCAGCAAAGGGACUGCGGCGGCUGCGGCCGGGAGCCUGGGAGCGGUUGGCGGUGGCGGAGGGGGCCUGGUGACUGCAGCUGCCGUGGGAGGACUGGGCGGUGGAGGGGGGUCCAUGUACAGUGACGUGAGCACGGGCUUGACGUGGAGGUCGGGUACUGCCAGCUCUGUUUCGUACCCCAAACAGAUGCCCUUGUCCCAGGUGUAAAGGAGAAAGGCCUGGAUUGCCGGGGAGGAGGAGGAGGGGGAUGCAGCUAACUGGACCACCCCUCCCCCUUCACUAAUGAACUUCCUAAUGGCCUUCCCGUGGGCAGAACAAAGCAGCUGCUGGAGGCCCCCAGUGCCCAGCUCCCUUUCAGGCCUUUCGUCUGUGUGCGGGGAGAGCCAGCCAGCCGCUUACUUCAAGGCACCAGCUCACUCUGUGGAGAGAAUGGGAAGUCUUUACAUACAAGAACUUUUCUAAGCCUCUCCUUGGGCUAGCCAGAGACGCCCCCCAGCGCAUGCCUGUGCACACACCCUUUUUGAACCGGGGCAUCUCCGUGUGCUCCCCCCCCCCUUCUUCAGAACCGGCUUGGAAAUAGCUGCCUGAUAGGACUGCAGGGCUGGGAAGAGUUUUAAACUUAAAAAACAAACAAACUGGCAGAUGCCUUAAACACAAUCAAACCUAUGUCUUAAUUAUAUACCCCAAAUAAAUACGGGUUUCUUAUGUUAAAGGAUGUAUUUAUAUAAUUAUUUGGUACCUUGUACAAAACGUGUAAGAUAUGUAUAUAUCCAAAUGCUAUACAGUCUGUACAUUUUUUUUGUAAAGAAAAGAGUUUAGAGGCUUACCCCCUCCACACGCACACGCGCCCUCCCUUCUCGCCCAAGAGCAAAUAUUUGAAUAUUCUAUUUUGUCAAUAAAAUAAUGAUAAAUGAUUAUGUUUUGGAAGGGGUACCACCA